AUGGAGGAGGACAGUAAACCACUACUGGACUCAGUGCGUAGGGAGAGCUACACCGACAGAGGCUCCACAGAUUCACUGGACCGAAGGAGGUAGGUUAUUUCAUGGUCUCAUUUGUACCGGGUGCGCUGGAGUACCUCACAGUGGAAGAUCUGACAGAAUAAGCCUACACAGCUUUUUGUAUGAACGUUGUAUGAUAAGAUUAUAAUAAUACUAGUAUUUUAUUGUCUGUUUUUUAGCAUUUGUUAUCCUAAUCUUACCUCACAAAUGGUUUGACUCAGUAUUUUCAAGCUUCCAGCUGUAAAUUCAAGUGAGCUCUCUAACCCGACAGAAAAAGGUAUUUGGCCCAUUCAAGUUAAUCACUGACCGCUCAUGUGCCACACAAUUGGAACUAGCAUUGCUUUCACAUGACACAGUGCCAAAAAUGUUUUUCUAAAGCCAUAUAGAUCCACUCUGGAAGUUAUGACUUCAUGUGAAUAUUAGCCCAGCUACCCGCAGCAUGCUAGUGAGUUGUUUACUAGCCAGGAGAAGCCCUUACCUUUAUUUAACCAGGUUAGUUCCUGGUGUAACAGAAAAGCUUUUCACAAUACUGAGCUGAACCGAACCGAGCCUAGCCAAACCACAAUUGUGUGAAAAGAGGAAGACAGUUACCCCGUACUGUGCUUCCUCAGAAAAGUAAUGAUCUGUCAGUGUUUGAAGUCUAGAGCGUGCUCUCACUUCACCCAGGGAUUCUUUCAGGCCGCAUCACAACCCAGGCGUCCAGUGGAUGAAUCGCCACCCAGGCACCCAUUGGAUUAAUCCACUUUGGUAUUUCACAAAUACUAAGGAGUUGCUAGCUCGAUUUAUUAGAAAGAUGCAGCUUUGCUUUGCUGCACACUUAUCCCAGAACAACCCCUCCCACACGUACAGACACAGAAACACACACACACACACACACACAGACUCCAGCCACCCAAGUCAUAGCCUGUUCUCUCUGCUACCGCACGGCAAGCGGUACCGAUGCACCAAGUCUGGAACCAACAGGACCCUGAACAGCUUCUACCCCCAAGCCAUAAGACUACUAAAUAGUUAGUCCGGGUAGUUAUUGGUUAACUAUUUAACUAUCUGCAUUGACGCUUUUUGCACUAACUCUUUUGACUCAUCACAUAAGCUGCUGUUACGGUGUACUAUCUACCCUGUUGCCAAGUGACUUUAUCCCUACCUAUAUGUACAUAUCAACUUCAGUUACCUCGUACCCCUGCACAUCGACUCAGUACUGGUACCCCGUGUAUAUAGCCAAGUUAUCGUUACUCAUUGUGUAUUUAUUAUUACUUUUAUUAUGACGUUUUACUUUUCUAUUAUUUCUCUAUUGUCUUUCUCUCUGCAUCGUUGGGGAAGGGCCCGUCAGUAAGCAUUUCACUGUUGGUUUACACCUGUUUACGAAGCAUGUGACAAAUUUAAAUUGGAUUUGAUUUGAGAACCCUUCCCGAAUAGUGCCACACACCCUGUUCCGUUUCAGUGGCUGGAAAUUAGUGGUAGCCUAUGUUUAGCUCGAGUUUAAUGUUAAAAGCAAGAAGGCAUUUUGGAUGUUCUUAGAAAUACACUGUUGGACACCUAACCCGGAGACAUUGUCUUUCACACUGCAGCACUAACUACACCAUGUGUAUGGGAUAUGCUGUCCAAUUAAAUGCUUACUGGCAGGUUCCUCCUCGACAGUGCAACAACAAUAAGAAGUUAUGUAGGACUGGAGAGGUCAAUGUUUCACCUUUUGUCAAGUCUUUUAUGAGCAAUUUAACAAUCAAGCUUAACUGCUUUGGACAAUGCAAUUCUGAUGUCAGUAGAAUCUGUUUUGUGGGAUGACAAAGUGCACAAGUGUUUUCAACACUGCUGUGUAAUGUGUACCAGUCUCUUCUCUCUCAUUAUGUAGAGACGGUCAUACCAUAUAUUCACACAACAUAUAUUAGAGGAAAAGGAAAUUCCAAGGCAAAAUCAUGACCAAUGCUUUAGGAAAGGUUGUGUAAUUAUUUUCGAAGAUUUUCAGAACCAAUCUUCUUGCUCAUUUAAUCAGUUCUGUUCCCAGUAUGGUCUCGUACUGCAUGGCCCGGGUCCCAUCCAAUACCUUUCAAAUGGAUCCUUCCCUGCUCCCUUAUUUGAGAUAAUCACUGAUCUGUAAGUGUGUGGAUCGGUAUAGACAUGGUUUUCACUCCCUUGCUUUCACCAAUAUUCCCAUGUUAGGUCAGUGGGUUUCUCAAGAAAAAGGCAUCUUUUUUUAAGUAUUCAAACUGGGUCCAUGUGGUCCAAAGAAGGUGGAUCAUUUCCAGUAUACCAUUAACAGUCAUUUAGGCUAAUCUGUCUGUGUUGUCUUCAGGCCUUUCCACGUGGAGCAUCGGAAUAUAGUGGAGGAUGACCCCUCUGAGAGGGUGUCAGCAAAGGCCUCUGUCCUCAGCAGCAGAGUGCAUUACUACAGCCGGCUCACUGCCUCCUCCGACAGGCUGCUGGUAGGCGCCACACACACACACACACACACACACACACACACACACACACACACACACACACACACACACACCUGUUUUAAGACCAGUAGAUACAUAUUAUUAUUAUUAGUAGUAGUAGUAGUAGUAGUAGUAGUAGUAGUAGUAGUAGUAGUAGUAGUAGUAGUAGUACUCCUAUUGAUCAGGCUUGCUGUAUAUGAAGUGGGAUAAAUAGUAUUCAUCAACAACCGAUCCAUCAGCCCAUACACGUAAAGCUGGUAGCUUGCACACAGGAACCUGUUUUCAUGCCACUUGUACAGUGUUGACAAUUGCGUGUCAAUUGAGAGGACAAGCGUUGGGAGAGUAGAUAAGCAAUCGUCAAUGGCUUCAUUUUUCCUGCAGUGAUCUGGUGAUAAUGGUUUUAGUAUGGCAUAUUACACAGUCCCGCCACUCUGGCUAAUGAAAGCUGUUUUGUCUCUGAACAACAAUUGGCAGUGUCAGUAACCUUAAGGCGUCCGCAUGCUUCCCAGCCGAAACAGUUCGGAAGAGUUUGUGCAUGUAUUAUGAUGCCAUUUUUGUGAUGUUUUUGUUUGUUUUGGACUUCGGUAAAGGUUCUUUCGGCUGUCGUUUCUCUCGACUCAAGCCGAAGUCUACGCCCCUUUCGUCGGUGAUUGGUCAACAGUAGGGAUUCUUCAAUAAAGUAUUUGUUGUCAUUCAACGAGAGACGACUCGUUUUCAUGCAAAUUAUUUCAUUGAGAAAUACUGCACCAAACAUCUUAGUUAGAUGUAAAAUUGUGCGACUAAGAUCUCCUCAGCAAAAUCGUCAAAAUUAAUGACUGAUUUUUGUUAUCGUCGAUUUAAUUAGGUAUAUUUUGAGGAAGUUUGUACUGGCUACGGCGUCUCAAAAUGGACAAACAGUACUAUUGCCUUUUUUUUUUCAAGCGAAGGUGUUUUUAAGGGAGGAUGUAAGCACACUCGAUCGGUUGGCCUAGCCAAGUUCAUCUAGGCACCAGCCGAACUGAAGCAUGCUAACGCCUUUGUACCCUUCCGCUUCAAAUGGACCGCUUGCAGACAAGCAGUUAGUCAUCCACUACCAUAACCUAUAAGGAUAGCAGCAUUCCCUAAAGAGAACGUAAAUCAUUAUCCACAGAUGCUGAGACGCGAUAGUCCGGCGUCCCAUUGUGACACGGCUACGCGGCUCUGAGACCACCAUCUGCGGGGGAAGCACAGCCCGAAUGCGCACCUCCCCACAAUUCCCAACCAACGCGUCUCCGAUACUUGCCCUCUAUUCAUUUGAAUGUGUUGACAGUUGGAGAAAUAGCUUGAGCUGCGCUGAGAAUUUGAAAAGUAUGAAAGCCAACGGUCCAAUAUUCUAGAACACUGCUGUGCAUACACGUUUGGUACUCUGAUAGACCCUUUAGGAAAUCUUUAAUCAAUCAUGCUUGGUAUGUAGCUUCACUGUGCUGUGGCUGCCAAAGCACAGGUCAGUGGACCGUAUAUGUGUACAUUACCCUCUUAAGUCCUAUUGAUUUGGUUAGAUCUUAGCUCCUACCAAGUGAGGUGGUUGUAGAUUCAGCCCUGGGUCAUGUUCAUUAGGCACUAAACGGAAGAAAACUAUUUUUUUCCCAUGUCAGAGCCCUCCAGACCACGUGAUCCCCUGUCCAGAGGAGAUCUAUGUGUACAGUCCUCUGGGGAUGGCCUUCAAAGUGACUGGAGGGGACGGAGGGUCCAAAAACCCCAGCAUCAUCACGAUGUAAGCGCUCAACCAUCACCCCUGAUAUUUGCUCCAUUAGAUUAGUUGUAUGGUGUAAAUGCCUGUAAAAACUGUACUCAUCUUACCUCACUACAUCAAGUUCAUAGGUUUACAUGUAGGUUUAUUAUCUUACCUCUUUACUUCAAGUUCAUAGGUUUACAUGUACAGGACCAGUCAAAAGUUUGGACACCUACUCAUUCAAGGGUUUUUCUUUAUUUUUACUAUUUUCUACAUUGUAAAAUAAUAGUGAAGACAUCAAAACUAUGAAAUAACACAUAUGUAAUCAUGUAGUAACCAAAAAAAGUGUUAAACAAAUCAAAAUAUAUUUUAGAUUUUAGAUUCUUCAAAGUAGCCACCCUUUGCCUUGAUGACAGCUUUGCACACUCUUGGCAUUCUCUCAACCAGCUUCACCUGAAAUGCUUUUCCAACAGUCUUAAAGGAGUUUCCACAUAUGCUGAGCACUUGUUGGCUGCUUUUCCUUCACUCUGCGGUCCAACUCAUCCCAAACCAUCUCAAUUGGGUUGAGGUUGGGUGAUUUUGGAGGCCAGGUCAUCUGAUGCAGCACUCCAUCACUCUCCUUGGUCAAAUAGCCCUUACACAGCCUGGAGGUGUGUUGGGUCAUCGUCCUGUUGAAAAACAAAUGAUAGUCCCACUAAGCCCAAACCAGAUGGGAGGCAUAUCGCUGCAGAAUGCUGUGGUAGCCAUGCUGGUUAAGUGUGCUUUGAAUUCGAAUUAAAUCAGACAGUGUCACCAGCAAAACACUCCCACACCAUCACACAUCCUCCAUGCUUCACGGUGGGAACCUUACAUGCAGAGAUUUUUUUUUUUUUUUUUUUUUUUUUUUUUUUUUUUUUUUUUUUUUUUUUUUUUUUUUGGUCAUUUAGCAGACGCUCUUAUCCAGAGCGACUUACAGGAGCAAUUAGGGUUAAGUGCCUUGCUCAAGGGCACAUCGACAGAUUUUUCACCAAGUCGGCUCGGGGAUUAGAACCAGCGACUUCUUAAUGGCCAGUUUGUACUCGUGUUCCUCUGAUCCCAAUGAACAAGUCAUCCGUUACCUUAUCUGGUCUCACAAUGUUGACCAAAACCCAUUGACUCACAGAGACGUUUCCAGGUCUUUCUGCUCGUGUUUGCCCAACAGUCUUUCUCUAUUUGUGUCCUGUAGUGGUCCAGCAAUUGAGAAGGCCUGAUUCACGCAGUCUCCUCCGAACAGUUGAUGUUGAUGUGUCUGUUACUUGAACUCUGUGAAGCAUUUAUUUGGGCUGCAAUCUGAGGUGCAGUUAACUCUAAUGAGCUUAUCCUCUGCAGCAAAGGUAAGGGUCUUCCUUUUCUGUGGCGGUCCUCAUGAGAGCCAGUUUCAUCAUAGCGCUUGAUGGUUUUUGCGACUGCACUUGAAGAAAUGUUUCUGUAUGGACUGACCUUCAUGUCUUAAAGUAAUGAUGGACUGUCGUUUCUCUUUGCUUAUUUGAGCUGUUCUUGCCAUAAUAUGGACUUGGUCUUUUACUAAAUAGGGUUAUCUUCUGUAUACCACUCCUACCUUGUCACAACACAACUGAUUGGCUCAAAUGCAUUAAGAAGGAAAGAAAUUCCACAAAUAAACUUUUAACAAGGCACACCUGUUAAUUGAAAUGCAUUCCAGGUGACUACCUCAUGAAGCUGGUUGAGAGAAUGCCAAGAGUGUGCAAAGCUGUCAUCAAGGCAAAGGGUGGCUAUCUGAAGAAUCUCAAAUAUUUAAAAUAUAUUUUGAUUUGUUUAACACUUUUUCGGUUACUACAUGAUUCCAUUUGUGUUAUUUCAUAGUUUUGAUGUCUUCACUAUUAUUCUACAAUGUAGAAAAUAGUAAAAAUAAAGAAAAAGCCUUGAAUGAGUAGGUGUGUCCAAACUGUUGACGGGUACUGUGGGUUUACCAUCUUACCUCUUUAUUUCAAGUUCAUAGGUUUACAUAUACUGUAGCUGCUCUAAUUAUAUGAUUGCUCCAAAUGACCAUUGGGAAUUCCUCCUCUUAGUUUUGCCAUAUGGAACACGAUGAUGGGGACAUCUAUACUCAGUAUACCAUGGGGGAUAAAGCAGGUAAUUAAUCUAUACUCUGUAUAUACCAUGGGGGAUAAAGCAGGUAAUUAAUCUAUACUCUGUAUAUACCAUGGGGGAUAAAGCAGGUAAUUAAUCUAUACUCUGUAUAUACCAUGGGGGAUAAAGCAGGUAAUUAAUAUAUACUCUGUAUAUACCAUGGGGGAUAAAGCAGGUAAUUCAUCUAUACUCAGUAUAUACCAUGGGGGAUAAAGCAGGUAAUUCAUCUAUACUCUGUAUAUACCAUGGGAGAUAAAGCAGGUAAUUAAUCUAUACUCAGUAUAUACCAUGGGGGAUAAAGCAGGUAAUUAAUCUAUACUCAGUAUAUACCAUGGGGGAUAAAGUAGGUAAUUAAUCUAUACUCAGUAUAUACCAUGGGGGAUAAAGUAGGUAAUUAAUCUAUACUCAGUAUAUACCAUGGGGGAUAAAGCAGGUAAUUAAUCUAUACUCUGUAUAUACCAUGGGGGAUAAAGCAGGUAAUUAAUCUAUACUCUGUAUAUACCAUGGGGGAUAAAGCAGGUAAUUAAUCUAUACUCAGUAUAUACCAUGGGGGAUAAAGUAGGUAAUUAAUCUAUACUCAGUAUAUACCAUGGGGGAUAAAGCAGGUAAUUAAUCUAUACUCUGUAUAUACCAUGGGGGAUAAAGCAGGUAAUUAAUCUAUACUCUGUAUAUACCAUGGGGGAUAAAGCAGGUAAUUCAUCUAUACUCAGUAUAUACCAUGGGGGAUAAAGCAGGUAAUUCAUCUAUACUCUGUAUAUACCAUGGGAGAUAAAGCAGGUAAUUAAUCUAUACUCAGUAUAUACCAUGGGGGAUAAAGCAGGUAAUUCAUCUAUACUCAGUAUAUACCAUGGGGGAUAAAGCAGGUAAUUAAUCUAUACUCAGUAUAUACCAUGGGGGAUAAAGUAGGUAAUUAAUCUAUACUCAGUAUAUACCAUGGGGGAUAAAGCAGGUAAUUAAUCUAUAUUCUGUAUACACCAUGGGGAUAAAGCAGGUAUUAAUCUAUACUCUGUUAUACCAUGGGGGAUAAAGCAGGUAAUUAAUCUAUACUCUGUAUAUACCAUGGGGAUAAAGCAGGUAAUUAAUUAUACUCUGUAUUACCAUGGGGAUAAAGCAGGUAAUUCAUCUAUACUCAGUAUAUACCAUGGGGAUAAAGCAGGUAAUUCAUCUAUCUCUGUAUAUACCAUGGGAGAUAAAGCAGGUAAUUAAUCUAUACUCGUAUAUACCAUGGGGAUAAAGCAGGUAAUUCAUCUUACUCAGUAUAUACCAUGGGGGAUAAAGCAGGUAAUUAAUCUAUACUCAGUAUAUACCAUGGGGGAUAAGUAGUAAUUAAUCUAUACCAGUAUAUACCAUGGGGGAUAAAGCAGUAAUUAAUCUAUACUCGUAUAUACCAUGGGGGAUAAAGCAGGUAAUUAAUCUAUACUCUGUAUAACCAUGGGGAUAAAGCAGGUAAUUCAUCUAUACUCAGUAUAUACCAUGGGGGAUAAAGCAGGUAAUUCAUCUAUACUCUGUAUAUACCAUGGGAGAUAAAGCAGGUAAUUAAUCUAUACUCAGUAUAUACCAUGGGGGAUAAAGUAGGUAAUUAAUCUAUACUCAGUAUAUACCAUGGGGGAUAAAGCAGGUAAUUCAUCUAUACUCUGUAUAUACCAUGGGGGAUAAAGCAGGUAAUUCAUCUAUACUCAGUAUAUACCAUGGGGGAUAAAGCAGGUAAUUCAUCUAUACUCAGUAUAUACCAUGGGGGAUAAAGCAGGUAAUUAAUCUAUACUCAGUAUAUACCAUGGGGGAUAAAGUAGGUAAUUAAUCUAUACUCAGUAUAUACCAUGGGGGAUAAAGCAGGUAAUUAAUCUAUAUUCUGUAUACACCAUGGGAGAUUAUGCAGGUAAUUCAUCUAUACUCAGUAUAUACCAUGGGGGAUAAAGCAGGUAAUUCAUAUAUACUCAGUAUAUACCAGGGGGGAUAAAGCAGGUAAUUAAUCUAUACUCAGUAUAUACCAUGGGGGAUAAAGCAGGUAAUUAAUCUAUAUUCUGUAUACACCAUGGGGAGAUUAUGCAGGUAAUUCAUCUAUACUCUGUAUAUACCAUGGGGGAUAAAGCAGGUAAUUAAUCUAUACUCAGUAUAUACCAUGGGGGAUAAAGUAGGUAAUUAAUCUAUACUCUGUAUAUACCAUGGGGGAUAAAGUAGGUAAUUAAUCUAUACUCUGUAUAUACCAUGGGGGAUAAAGUAGGUAAUUAAUCUAUACUCUGUAUAUACCAUGGGGGAUAAAGUAGGUAAUUAAUCUAUACUCUGUAUAUACCAUGGGGGAUAAAGCAGGUAAUUCAUCUAUAUUCUGUAUACACCAUGGGAGAUUAUGCAGGUAAUUAUCUAUCUAAUACAUGGGGGAUAAGUAGUAUCAUCUAUACUCAGUAUACACCAUGGGGGAUAAAGCAGGUAAUUAAUCUAUACUCAGUAUAUACCAUGGGGGAUAAAGCAGGUAAUUAAUCUAUACUCAGUAUAUACCAUGGGGGAUAAAGCAGGUAAUUAAUCUAUACUCUGUAUAUACCAUGGGGGAUAAAGCAGGUAAUGAAUCUAUACUCUGUAUAUACCAUGGGGGAUAAAGCAGGUAAUUAAUCUAUACUCUGUACAUACCAUGGGGGAUAAAGCAGGUAAUUAAUCUAUACUCUGUAUAUACCAUGGGGGAUAAAGCAGGUAAUUAAUCUAUACUCAGUAUAUACCAUGGGGGAUAAAGCAGGUAAUUAAUCUAUACUCUGUAUAUACCAUGAGGGAUAAAGGUAAUUGUGAAUCAUUUCUCUAGCCUAACUGGAUAGUCAUAUUGCAAUUAUACCAUACAACACUAAGUAAUAGCCCACAUAUUAGUUAAUGUCUCCUUCGUAAGUGUUAUUAGCCUGAUCCCAGAUCUGUUUGUGCUCUCCUGCCAAUUACUAUGGUUGUUGUCAUAGUAACCAUGGUUAUACAGAUCUGGGACCAGGCUAAAGUGUAACUCCCACUGACCUGUCUCUUCUCCUUGCAGGCAGGGUUCACAUUGGGCAUCAUCCUCCUGAUCUCUAUGGGUCUGCUGACCCUCUACUGCUGUCUCAGAGUGCUCAAAUCACCCAAGUCAAUACGUAAGACCAUCAGCAGUGACUUAAGUGUUUCCCCUACCCUUGUAUAUGUGGGACGGGGCCCCUCACGUGUCUUUCUUGCACCCCCCGUCUAA